CCGCUGGUGGCGCCCCUCCUCUCCCGGGGAGGCCCCGCCGGAGGCGUGUGGGGGGCUCCAUCCAGGCGUCCCUUCUCCCUCCGGCGCCGCCCCCGCCCUCCCCGCUCCGCCUCCGGGGCCGGGCCCGCCGCGCCCUCACCGUGGACUCCUCCAAGGCCCGCACCUCGCUCCAGGCCCUCAAGCGCAGCCUCAAGCAGCUCCGGUGGAAGGAGUUUCCCUUUGGCCGGCGCUUGCCCUGCGACAUCUAUUGGCACGGAGUGUCGUUUCACGACAACGCCAUCUAUUCCGGCCUGGUCAACAAAUUCCCAGGCAUGACCGAAAUGGUGCGCAAGAUCACGCUGAGCCGUGCCAUGCGGACCAUGCAGGAGCUCUUCCCCGAGGAGUACAACUUCUACCCCCGGUCCUGGAUCCUGCCGGAGGAGUUCGCCAUCUUCCUGGCCGAGGUCCACAUGAUCAAGGACAACAACCCUUCCUGGAGGCCCACCUUUAUCGUGAAGCCCGACGGCGGGUGCCAAGGGGACGGGAUCUACCUCAUUAAGGACCCUGGCGACGUCCGGAUGUCGAGCAACCUGCAGACGCGCCCGGCGGUGGUCCAGGAGUACAUCUCCAAGCCCCUCCUGAUUGACAAGCUCAAGUUCGACAUCCGCCUCUACGUCCUGCUGAAAUCCUUGGAGCCGCUGGAGGUGUACGUGGCCAAAGACGGGCUCUGCCGCUUCUGCACGGAGCCCUACCAGGAGCCCCACCUCAAGAACCUCCACCUGGUCUUCAUGCACCUCACCAACUACUCCCUCAACGUCCACAGCGGGAACUUUGUCCACUCGGACAGCGCCAACACGGGGAGCAAACGGACGUUUUCCAGCAUCCUCGACAGGCUCUCGUCCAGCGGCGUGGAGAUCCGGAAGAUCUGGUCCGACAUCAUUUCCCUGGUCAUCAAGACGGUCAUCGCCAUGGUGCCCGAACUCAAGGUGUAUUACCAGUCGGAUAUUCCCGCGGGAAAGCCAGGACCCUCUUGUUUCCAGAUUUUAGGGUUUGACAUUCUCCUGAUGAAGAACCUGAAGCCGAUUCUGCUGGAGGUGAAUGCUAACCCCAGCAUGAAAAUCGAGCACGAGAAAGAGGUGUCUCCAGGAGUCUUUGAAUACAUCCCAAGCCCCGUCGAUGAGGAAAUCAAGGUGGCCGUCAUCCGGGACACCCUCCGCUUGGUGGACCCCCGCAAGAAGAAGAAGCUGCAGCAGCAGGGGGAAAUGGGAGCGGAGCCUGCGCCCCUCGAUGACGAGGAGGAGGAGGAAGAGGAGGAGGAGGAGGAAGACUUCCUGGACGAGGACUCCAUAGACAGGCUGGAGCUGCACCGCCGGGAAAGCCUGGAGGAGGAGAAGGCCCCUUCCCUCUGCCUGAAGCAAGUCUUCCCCAAAUACGCCAAGCAGUUCAACUUCCUGCGGCUGGUGGAGCGCAUCGCGGCGCUCUUCAUCCGCUUCCUGGGCCUGAAAGGGACCACCAAGUUGGGGCCCACCGCCUUCCGGACAUUUAUAAGGAAUAGCAGGGUGAGCAACAGCGGGUUCAGCAUGGCCGCGGCCGACAUCCUCUACAUCGACAUCACCCGGAGGGGCAGCAGCUAUGGGGUCGAGCAGAGAGACUCAGGGAUGGGCCUGCAGGCCUUUGUGGAGGCGCUCUGCUUCCUGGCCCAGCGGAGGUACAAGUCGCUCCCCCUCCACGAGCAAGUGGAGCUGCUGGUGGACUUCUGCGAGUACAACCUGGCCGCCCUGGACGAGAAGCGCCAGACCUGCGGGAGGGCCCUCUUCCCCGAGCGCCGGACCACCCUGGUCACCUGCCACCCGGACCGGCUGCAGCUCAGCCCUGGCCCACACCCACACCCCCCAUCUUCGUCCCGCGGCCCUGCCACUCACAAGCCGGUCGAGGACCAAAGCCCCCGGCCCUGAAAAGGAGGCCAUGCCCGGAGCCGCUCUGCACUCUCCACGCUGGAGGAGGAGGAACCUCCCGCCUCCCUUUGGAGUCGUCCUUUUGUAUUGAUUGUGGAUUGAGGCCCCUCCACCGAAAUCCCGCGAUGCAGGACGUCCGGCCACAGCGUAUGGACCCCCCCUUGCCUUUCAGGCUCUCUCCAAGGUGGGGAUGGAAACCCCUCACCAAAGGGAGCCCAGGUCCUGUUGCCAAAAGAGGGGUUUGGAGGAAGCCCGCUCUCUCCGCCUGAGCCUUUUGCACAGAAGCAGAGGACGGGAUUUGGACAGGGCUCCGCAUGAGAGAGAGGACUCGUAGGAGAUAGUAGUUACGCAGAACUAAAAUCCUAUUUAUUUA